AUGUUUUCCAUACUAGAUGAAACAACUCGUGCGAAGAUUAUUGAGAUUGAUUUCACCAAAACCAAAGGCUUGAAAACUAACUUUAUUUUUACAGUAUACGUUAAGGGUAAACACGUGUCCUACCAACGUUCUAAGAACGUCACCAACCCAAACGUUUCGUUGAUCAAAAUCGAAGGUGUUGCCACCCCAGAGGAUGCCAAGUUCUACCUGGGUAAGCGUAUUGCCUACGUCUACAGAGCUUCCAAGGAAAUCAGAGGUUCGAAGAUCAGAGUCAUCUGGGGUAAGGUUGCCAGAACUCACGGUAACAACGGUUUGGUGAGAGCUACCUUCAAGACUAAUUUGCCAGCAAAGACUUUCGGUGCAUCUGUUAGAAUCAUGCUUUACCCAUCGAACAUCUAA